CGGGCAGUGCCGGGGCUGGAGCCGUGAGGCAGCGCCGCCGCAGGGUCCGGGAGCUGCUGGCGGAGGGAGCGCGCGCGCGCGCGGGCUGCGGGCUUUGCUCCCCGGCCGGGGCAGCCGCAGCAUGAAGGUGGAGUUCGCCCCGAUCAACAUCCCGCUGGCCAGGAGGGUGCAGACGGCCGCCGUCUUCCAGUGGGUCUUCUCCUUCCUCCUGCUAGCACAGUGUUGCUGUGGAGUCUUUGUGAUCCUGUUUAUCGGAAACUAUUGGUUCCUGGGUGCUCUCUAUAUACUAUGGCUGUAUUCUGACUGGGAGACGCCACAGGCUGGAGGGAGAAGAUCACAGUGGGUGAGAAGGUGGACUGUUUGGAGGUUCUUCAGGGAUUACUUUCCAAUUCACCUUAUCAAAACAUCAGAUUUGGAUCCAAGCCAUAACUAUCUGUUUGGAUUUCACCCCCAUGGUGUCCUUGUUGCUGGAGCCUUUGGAAACUUUUGUACAGAAUAUUCAGGUUUUAAGGAGUUAUUCCCUGGCCUUACUCCAUAUCUUCACAUCUUGCCCUUCUGGUUCAGAUGUCCCUUCUUCAGAGAAUACAUAAUGUCUGCUGGACUGGUUUCGGCAUCCAAGAAGAGUGUCUCUUAUGUGUUGAAGAAAGGUGGCGGUGGAAACAUCUCAGUGAUUGUGAUUGGAGGUGCAGAAGAGUCUUUGAACGCACGUCCUGGAAGUUUAAAUCUGAGCAUCCUCAAAAGGAAAGGUUUUAUCAAGAUGGCUUUGAAGUGUGGGGCUCAUCUGGUCCCAGUAUUUUCUUUUGGAGAAAAUGAACUGUUUAAACAAGUUGCAAACCCCAAAGGAUCGUGGCUCAGAAACUUACAAAGUAGAAUGCAGAAAGUGAUGGGGUUUGCUUUACCACUGUUUCAUGCCAGAGGAAUCUUUCAGUACAGUUUUGGCUUGAUACCUUACAGGAAACCUAUUCACACAGUUGUGGGGAGCCCCAUUGCUGUGAAACAGAGCUCGAAUCCUACAGCUGAAGAGAUUGAACAGCUGCAUCAGACCUACUUGCAAGAACUAAAAACAUUAUUUGAAGAGCACAAAGGAAAAUACGGGAUCCCACAGCAUGAAACUCUUGUCUUUGAAUAACUGAAAACUCAGGGAAUCUAGGUCAAAGGAAAGUUGCCUCUGUAAUUGUUCUUGUAUAAGACUACCCUGUGCGUGUUGUAUGUGUGUCCAUUAGGAUGGGAUUAGUGGAUAUUCUCUCAUUUUUAGCCAUGGAAAACACCCUAAUUCAUUUGGGGUCUGAUCCUGCAUCCCAUCAGAUGCGAGUGGUCCCUAUAGGUUCAUCUGCAGGCAAAGUUGUUGGUACUUUUCCUACCAUUGGCUUAGAUGCUAUGCGGGUAAGAACAUCAUUGUAGAUGGGGUACAGAUGUUCAGCACCAGAUCACCUAAGCCUCCUGACUGAUGGAGCUGCACCGAAAUGAGCUCAACAAUGAUGCUAACAAACUGGGCCCUUAACUUCAGCUGCUUUGUUCCUGAUAAAUUACCAAAUAUCUUGAUGUUGGGGCAUUAACCAAAGUUCUUUUCAGUGUGGCAUCAAGUUGCUUUCUGAAUAUCAAGAAGUACAUGUGCUAGCCUCUGAAGGAAAAGCUAUGUAUUUCAAGUGAAUGGUCAUCAGGAACCAAAUGCAAAUACACAAACAUGGGGACAGUUUGUGGUUGCUCCAUUUCAAAAUGGUGUUCUCAGCCUAUAAGCUACUAUACAACAGGUUCAUCUCAUCUGAGAGGGUUGACAGGGUUUUGUCGAGGGAGGUGUGUGUGUGCAUGUAUUGAUAUAUUGGGUGGUGGGGGAGAGAUCUAGAUCAUUCUUUUUUUUUUUUUUUUUUUUUUUUUUUUUAGUAGAGACUACAUUUUGGGUCAUGGGUUUCCCAAAAAAGUUGUUGUAUUUUAGAAGUUCUGUUCUCAAGAAAUAGCAAGCAUUGUACUGCAUGGGAGACGAUCUGCUUCAGAGACCAGGAGGGAGCUUUGAUUCCCUCUCCACCCUUCCUCCUACAGACUUCAUUUUACAAAUUAUUGGAAGACUGUCUUAGGGCAAACAUCUUUAAUACAUGGUCUUGUUCAGUUCAGUUCAGUUCUACACCUACACCAAGGAAGAUGUAGUCCAGAAGCUAGACCAAAGGACUGGGAGUCGGAGUGUGAAAUUUUAUUCCUGAUGCUAUUGUUAGACUGGGCAAGCCACUUAACCUUUCUGUGCCUCAGUUUUUAUACCUGUAAGGUAGGAAUGCCCCCUGCUAUAGGGAAACAAUUUGUGUUGCCACUUUCUUAUCCUCUUCAGCUGGAUAUGUGUGUGAAGAAAUGUGCUGAGAUGUUGCCUAUUCUCUCCCUUCCUUCAGAUAAUCAGUGCAUGAUCCCGCAGGGUGUGUGCCACCAAGUGCAUGAGGAGCAAGGAAGGGUGAGGCCAGUCACUUGUUGGGCAAUGAGAACCUCAAGGAACUUGCUCCACUAACUUGGCUUGGAGUCUGCUGAAGGGACACGUCCAGUGCAGGGUGCUCCUUUGUACUCUGAAAGGGGGCAGCUAAUGUAUGAGAAGGGGAAAGGAGCUGAUCAGGACCGCAUCUCCCUCCAUGACUUGAAGGAGAAGGAGCUUGUAUAUAAAUGAGUCAAAAAAAAAGCUAGAGGCAAAGCCUGUAUUUGUCAGGAAGAUUUCACAACAGGAAGUAAUCGUGAUGUAUUACCUCAAUGGCACAUAACUUCAGGAGCGCAGCACUUAAAUGUAAGCAGGUUGUCUUUACCCUGUGGCCAUAGAUGUACUUAAACAUGGAUGUCUGAGCCUAAAUCUAGGCACCUGUUUCUUUUUAAUGCCCAAAAAUGCUCAGGUCCCCAAAAGGGCAAUGUGUAAAGGGUGGAGCAGAUUAUGCAUUAAUAUUUUUGAUAGGUGAAAAUAUAUAUAUUUUGUAAAUGCUUUUUACGUACACAUGGAGGAAAUGUGUUGGUUUACAGUUUCAGUCUAAAGAAUUAAUCUCACUUCAGAUAAUUUUCCUACUUCAUGAUAUCAAAUGCAACAUUAGCUAGCAUCUGAAUGAGGCUAAUUCUGUACAGGAAAUAAACUGUGAUUUCCAGUCCUUGGCUUCUGCUGCUGGAAAUGCCCCUCACUAGACAUGCUCUGGGGGCAGUGCUGCUGGGUAGACAAAGGUAGGGCAGGCAUCACAUCCUUGGACACCUCAAGAGCCACUUCUUUGUCCCUGAAAAGAAUUUAAUUAGAAGGUAGAUGCUUAUGAUCCAGGUGUGGGGCUAGACCAUUUGGAAGGUGAAAAUGGACAAACAUGUUUUGAGGGACUAUAAUACAGGAGCGGUCACCAUGAUGUCACCUGUAUUUGGUUAACAAUGAACUCCCAUGAAACUAUGUUACUUUUUCAUAGUAAUCAGGGCUGUGGUUGUCUUGCUGACACAGGCUGGGAGAGAGUUGGUAUUGCAUGCACUGGAGGAGCAGCUGUUUCCACUCCCAGCAGAUUGCUUACAAAUCAUUUUCUUUUUUCUGUUACUGCUUUAAGCAAUGGGUCCUUUUCUCUCUUGCUGCUAUCCCUUAUGCUGUCUGGUAACUGCUGCAAAGCCCCUGAUUUCUUCAUGCACCAACCUACUCUGUCUGGGUUAGGAACUUAUGAAGGUGCACAAAGACAUCCCCUGGGGCCAUUUAUCAAUGAGCAGAGAGAGUGGAGGGUCAGAAGUCAAAUUUGAGGACUUAACCAAAGAUCAGGAGUGUUCCUGUUCUUGGAAGUGAUGGGGUUUGGUAGAGUGGGCUUAGCUGGGAUGAGGAGGACAAAGGAAAGCAAACAGCCCACUUUAUCAGUGGUGUUCUGAAACUUGAGGCCUUACCUGACCUCCUGGAGUAGCAGUUACAUGAUGGCUUUCUGUCACCAUACUUCAUAAAUUUCUGGUCAUUGACCACCUGCUUGCCUGCUACUGAAUGGGAUGACAUACAAGAUGAGAUAUGUGAAUUAAAAACCACCAAAAGGGAACUGAUUCCAGUAGAUGUAUCUAGUUAGGUUGGUAUCACAGAGGUAGAUUUCAGCUUCAAGCUAAGGCAAAAUUCAGUUUCAUGCUAAGGCCAAUCUUGGACUUUGCAUGGAGGCUGUGAAAGUCAGGCUGAGGAGGAAUCAUGUUGCUGUGGUUGGAAGUAAAUAUUUUUAAUUAUAGUUUGCUCUCCUUCUUCUUUUGAAGUUAAUCUUACUACUGGCUGUUCACUGCUAACUGCAAGGUCUGCUCUGCCUAGAUUGUGUAUUUGAUUCAUGCUAAAUUCCCCCAGACUAUUUUUAACAACAUAAUGUUGCUCUCUGAAUUUCAAACUGCAUGUUACCUUCCAGCAUGGACAUUUAAGGUGCUAGUCAGGUCCUGCAGAGAAGCCCUAUCAUCCUGGGCUAUACACCAUUGCUGCCCAUUAAUCUGUUUAAACUGGGGCCAGCCAGAGUAAGUACAGUACUAAAAUAUAAAUUCAGGCUUUGAUUAUGUGAUCAUUUGCAGUCCAUGGGAGUUUUGCUGUUGCCUGCUUACAGUGUUUUUUCCUCUGUGGUGUAAGGUCUGCGAAGGUACACUCUCUCUGCUUUUUGCAAGUCAGGUAAGAGAACCUGUGAAUUGAGGAGACAGCAGUGAUUCUAAGUGGAUGUCAAAUCUUGUGAGACAAAUCUUGCUUGUGCAUGCUGUGCAGAGCUUUCUUCCCUGGCAAGAAUUUUUCCCCUUUUAGAAGAUGCUGUACCUGCCUGCAUUCCUACUUACCAUGCUAUGACACUUUCUUUUUCUGCUUUGCCAGCAUGAAGUUCUAACUAAUGCUUAAUCUUUCUUACCACCAUACAUCAUCCAGAAGUGAUGUUAGAGCAAAAGCCCUUGUAUCAUAUAGGAAACUUGGCAUCUGAAGGCUAGCACAACCAGUAAGCCUUUCUUUCAGGGAGCAAAGUAACCCUAGAUUCUGCCUAGAAACACAUGUAGGGUAGUUUUCAUGAAGCCCUAAUUACUCUCAGCCUCUUCCAGCAUGCAGCAAUGGAUUGUUAUCCUGCCAAACAUAGGCAAAGUAUACACUAUCUCCUUCAUGAACCUGUAAUACCACUGGCAAAUGAGCUUUGCCUACUAACUCUUGCUCUCUGUGAUCUCAAGGCUAACAAUUAGGCAGCGUAGGUACUUCUAGAAUUUACACCACUUGGGCUCAGUGUCUCAUGGGGGAAUUGGGACUUGCACUGGGGGUUCCCUAAAUGAUCUACUCUUCUUAUUUGGUGGAUUUGAGAGGUAAAGAGUGUCAGGGCGUGUCUCUUGGCAAUGGUCCUGGGCUCAGGAGGUGGUAGAGUUGGGCAUACUCGGCCAACAUGAGGUAUCAGUCCCAGUCUCCCUAGGGACAGAAUUCAGAGUUGGAGUAGGCCACAGCAGAUCUCUGCAGGAGCUGUCUGGAACUCUGUAGGACUAGUAGUUGCAAUAUAUUCCAGGUAAGUAGAACUUGAUCCUACCAAACAAGGCCUGCUGGCCAUUCCCUGCAGUUAGUCCCAUGGAAACCUUCCAAGAUAUUGCCAAAGAAGUACAAAUUGUUCCUUUGUACCUUAAAGGCACAGAUUAAAGAACAUCCUGUAUCCAGGCUUGGUUAGUUUGAUUCCUGUGUGUUUACUUGUGUGUGGGAGCUAUAACAUCUUGGUCUGCAAACAAAUGUUGCAAAAAUUCUUGGGUAUAAAAUUGAUCCUUCCUCCAACUACUGAAUUGUAUUCCUUCAGUUACUCAGCCUGGGUCAUGUCUUCUUUGAUUCAUUUGUAACAUUUCUUGGAAUAUUCACAAUAUGAAUUCCAGUUUAUUUCUACUACAACUUUGGCUGUGAUUGAGAGGUGCGAGAUUCAAUAAACAUGUAUGUGGUGAUGGA